CCUCGUCAUUCAAAAUCUCAAUCUCUCAUCUCAUAGGGUUCGCUUUUUUUUUUCCCUCCUUAAUUAUUUACGAAAUCAAUUAUCAAAUUGAUUCUAUUUUUUUGCAUGAUUAGAUUCUUACUGUUCUUCCAUUCUCCUAUUUCCAUCAAUUUAAUUUCAGUUCAUUCUCACGAUUCUUGAAUUUCUGUAUUAUUAUCUUGUUUUAAAGCUCAAUUUUGGUGAUCUUUUGACUAGGUUGAAAUUCUUGAUCAGCUGUCUUUCUUGUAGAAAUGAAUGAUUUUGUAUAUACAGUAGAAGUGACAGGUCUGUCUCCCAAAGCUACUGAGAAAGAUGUUUAUGAUUUUUUCGCCUUCUCUGGUGCCGUUGAACAUGUUGAAAUUGUUAGGUCUGGUGAAUAUGCGAGUAUUGCCUAUGUGACUUUCAAAAAUGCUUAUUCUCAGGAGACUGCCAUCUUGCUUAGUGGUGCGACACUUCUUGAUCAACGCAUAUUCAUAUCGCGCUGGGGGCAAUAUAAAGAGGAGUUUGAUUUUAGUGGCCCUUCAAGAAGCCAAGAGGAUGAAGCAAGUUCAUGGCAACCUCCACUGAGAAGCCAAUUUGUAUCUCAUGCUGGAGAAGCUGUUUCAUUCGCUCAGGAUGCUGUGAAAGCCAUGAUGGCCAAUGGAUAUGUGUUAGGGAAAGAUGCUUUAAGCAAAGCCAAAGCCUUUGAUGAAUCUCAUCAAGUUUCGGCAACUGCUGCAGCUAAAGUUGCUGAACUAAGUGAGAGGAUUGGCCUCACAGAUAAACUUCGUGUGGGUGUGGAUGCUGUUAGAUCUGUCGAUGAGAGGUACCAUGUAUCAAAGAACGCCAAAUCAGCCAUUUCUGCUGCAGGAAGAACCGCUGCAGCCGCUGGAGAAACUGUAGUCAGCAGCAGCUACUUUUCCCUGGGAGCUCUUUGGGUGUCGGGUGCAUCAGAAAUGGCAGCUAAAGCAGCAGCUGACUUGGGUAACCGCGGUGUUCAUCAGUAAUUUUUUUAUAGCAAUACAUGCAUACAGUUAUUGGUACUGUAGAUAAGCACCUUCGCAUGCAUGCAUAAAUAUAUAUAUAUAUAUAUAUUCUCAAAAUA